AAUUCCGGAGAGCGUGGCGGCAUCCCGGGUGGUGGCCGUUCUAGCCGCCCAGUGCCGCUCUCGGUAUUGCAAGGGGAGGGUUCCCGAGGAGGGCGGGGCUUCCACGUCCUCCAGCUGAUUCUUUCCUCUCCGGGAGCCAUGGCGCCCCCGAAAGAAAAUGUCAGUUUACUUUUUAAGUUGUACUGCUUGACAGUGAUGACCUUGGUGGCAGCAACGUACACAGUAGCCUUGCGAUACACAAGAACAACAGAAACAGUUCUGUACUUUUCAACAACAGCUGUUUGCGUUACAGAAGUUAUCAAAUUAUUCCUAAGCUUGGGCAUUUUAGCAAAAGAGACUGGAAGUCUAGGAAGAUUAUUGACAUCUUUGAGAGAAAAUGUUUUGGGCAGUCCUAAAGAACUACUCAAAUUAAGUGUCCCAUCCCUUGUGUAUGCCAUUCAGAAUAACAUGGCCUUCCUGGCUCUUAGCAAUUUGGAUGCAGCUGUUUACCAGGUGACCUAUCAGUUGAAGAUCCCAUGCACAGCCUUAUGUACAGUCUUGAUGCUCAACCGCUCCCUCAGUAAACUGCAGUGGUUCUCAGUCUUCAUGUUGUGUGGUGGGGUCACACUUGUUCAGUGGAAGCCUGCUCAGGCCACAAAAGUCCAGAUGGAGCAGAGUCCUUUGAUCGGCUUUUGUGCAAUUGCUGUUGCUGUCUUGUGUUCAGGAUUUGCUGGGGUAUACUUUGAGAAAGUGCUCAAAAGUUCAGAUACAUCUUUAUGGGUCAGAAACAUUCAGAUGUACCUUUCUGGGAUUGUGGUGACGUUGGCUGGUGUCUACAUGUCUGAUGGAGUUCAAGUAAUGGAGAAGGGCUUUUUUUAUGGCUAUACCCAUUACGUCUGGUUUGUCAUCUUUCUUUCCAGCGUCGGAGGCCUUUACACUUCUGUUGUUGUUAAAUAUACAGACAACAUUAUGAAAGGUUUUUCUGCUGCAGCGGCGAUUGUUCUUUCUACAGUUGCAUCCGUUGUUCUUUUUGGCUUACAGAUAACCAUAACUUUCUCUCUUGGUGCACUCUUUGUAUGUGUUUCAAUAUAUUUGUAUGGAUUGCCUCGACAAGACACGACAAAGCUUCAGCCAGCAGAAACAAAAGGGUCAAAAGAGAACCUUAUUAAUGUGUGACAUUUGCCAAAAUGAAGAAUUUUAAAAAAGCGAGAUCAAAGUUAAGAAGACUUGACAUGAGUUCUCUGUACCCUUUAGAAAAGUCUCAAAACUGUAUUGAGCAGACUAUUCUGUUUGGACUAAAAAAUGAAAUUAGUCAUUUAAUGGAAUGAAGCUUUACACUGGAAAAUGAAUAUUUCAUGGAACUGAAGCAAAAUGCUUCAUGUAAAGUAAUGUCUUUUUUUCAUUGUGUUGGACUAUGAAGACCCCGCUUACCCAAACAAAAUGAAGGAAUGGAAUGUGCAGUAACAUGCCUCUAUUGUAUAUAUAAUGAAGAGAAAGACAUCAUUGGAACUCACUUUGAUGGACCAUAAAACCAGCAAUGCCUGCUGUUUGAUAUGCUGUUGCAAAUUGAUCAUUGCACCUGAAAUAAUAGUUAUAGAAUGGAUCUUCACAUCAUAAAUAUUUUGAUUGCAUAGUUGUACUGAAAGAACCACACAUUCUUCUCUGCAUUUUUCUAGCUUUAAGAUCCAGUGUUUUGCUGAGCUGCUAUUGUGGUAAAGUAGUUGUUGCCACUGGAGUGAAACCAAGGUGUGUGUGUGUGUGUGUGUGGAGGGAAGGGGAGAGAAUGCCAUAGUGUCCAAAUGAUGACAGUUGUAGCUGAAAGGCCUGUGUCCUUAUUACUUUGAUAGGUUGAAUCCAUGGUCACAUCUUUUUGCAACAGCCAGAAGAUAAAUUUAGCUGCUGCUACUUUUAAGAGAAAUUUUCUAUUGUGAUAAGGGGUUUUAUAUACUGUUUUUAUAUAACUACUCUUUUGUGGCACAUCUCAGCAGUAAAAAUACAUUUCGUGCAAGUUAGCACUCUGUCCUGUUUUGAUUUGAGUCUUUUGAACUUGGAUCAAAUAUAACUUUAGGCAAGAAAGGAGGACUGUUUUAUUAAAUAUAGCAUCGGUAUACAUUUUUUCCAGUUUCUCAUUUUAAGAGAAGGAACAAUGUUUCAUUUUCUUCUUUUGCAGCUUUUAAAAACAUGAGGUUUUUGUUUCAGUAACUAAUUAUAUAUGCCUUUAAUUAGAAGUGUGUAAUUCUGUUGGUUGGCCUUUGAAUGAGAGAGUGAACCAAUUAAAAAAUAAGAUUGGGAAAGAUGCCCUGGAUUCUGAGCACAGUAAUCUGAUUAAACUGAGGCUCAAGGCUCUAACCUUGACAUUUAUAGCAAGCAUUUGCAUUUCCUGAAGUUAUGCCAGAAAACCUUUUAGCAUGGUGACAAAUAGCCAUAAGACAGUGAACGGUGAAAGGGGACAAGGCAGAUUACCUGGUCCCAUUCCUGAUAGUAUCAAAAGCACUGGCAUCUCAAGGACAAAGGCCAAGAUCAUAAGAUGAGAGCAGAAGGCGAGGGGGACAGCAUCCAAUAAGCUUGGCAUCAUAGAUACAGGAAGGCCAAGACCCAGGAAGGAGCAGGUGUGGGUGGCUUCAAUAUCCUUUCUUAUUUAAAGGUGCUAUCUGGGGACAACCAUCUAGCCAUGUAUGUAGUUACACGUGUCAUAAGAAGAUCUUGUCCUUUUUGUAACAAAAUGGGUGUUUAUUCCAAAUUAAAUGUAUUUAGCAGCAGAAGCAAGCUCCAUUUUAUUCCUAUAGUUGCUAUAAUUAUGUGAAUUUAAAAUAUGAAACAGUGUAUCUCAGCAUAUUCCUUUAAACAGACAAACAAAAAAUCAGGGCUAGCAGACUGACUCACAGGUAUUGCUCACUCUGAAAUAUCAAUAACAUUGAAGUGCUUGCGAAACAUAGAAUGAUGUAGGCUGAGCUGAUGCGCUUAGCUACCCGGCUGGACCAUUAUAUCCAGGGUCUAAAAUGGAUGGGUAGCUUUAGAGAGCUUUAGGGGCAGUUUUCUGUUUCAAGACUCACCAGGGGCCAUAUUAGUCCUGAAAAUGAGGGAAAAAUAUGGAAGGAAUUAGAAUGAAAUGUUCCCAGAUACCCACUCCUGGUGUCAUUUUUU